AUGACACAGAACAAGGGUGCCUCGAAGCCGCGCAAGAUGUCGCGUCUGNNCCCAAAGGUGAUAGCUACUCUCAGUUGCUGCUUACUGCAUCCUCGCUCACACUGUACAGACUACAAAGUCGAAAAGCGCCCAUUGCUACGCCCUCCAAUCACAUCGCAAUAUGCCAAUGCCGACGUCGCCAAAAUCAUCUAUGUCUCUACGAAAACCCCCUUCAUGUCUGCCGUCAAGCGUGUACAGAAGCUACUGGCUCAAGCCGAGAAACGCCUUGCCCAAUCAGCUGCCGAUCAAGUCUCUAACAGACUAAAAUACUCCCGCACCAACGAUGAAAUUACAGACAUUGAGCGUGUAGCUGCCACCAUAGCCUCUCAAAAGCAACAUCAAGAUGAGAUUAUCCUUAAGGCUACAGGCAAUGCCAUCGCAAAGGCACUGAGUUUGGCUCUCUGGUUCCAACAGAGAGUCGAGUACAAUGUUCGCAUCGAGACAGGCACUAUUGCCGCCAUCGAUGACAUUAUCCCUCCGGAAGAUGCUACGGAAGAUGCUGCAGACGACGAGGAUCAGAACAUGAAGGACGACGAGGAAGACGUACCAGAGUCCAGGAUCCGCUAUGCCAGUACCAUCCAGAUCUUUGUCUCGGCCGCCUCAUGA